AUGUUAGCUACAUACACCAGGUGGACUCAUCAUGGGGAGCCGGCAGAUGCUGUAGUUGAUGAGGGAAUACAUCAGGAGGUCGAAGGACAUGUUCAUGACUUUGGCAUACAUGUGGAUGUGGACGAUGAUGUUAACGAUGAUGAUCAUGGAGUACCAGAGAUGAAAGGUGAACUGUAUGCAGCGGCAAAUGCUGAUGGAGAAAAGCCAAGUUUUGGAUGUGUUCUUGAAGAUGCGAAGAAGUUGCUUAGCCUGGGUUCUAGGCAUUCAAAAUUUUCUUUUAUGGUCAGGAUGUUGUAUAUGAAGUCUCGUUAUCGAAUCAGCAAUACAGGAUUUACCGCAAUGAUGAAACUGAUGUCAGAUGGAUACCCUAGUAGUGAGUUGCCAAAAUCAUAUGAUGAGGCCAAGAAAUAUCUUAAAGAAUUGGGUCUUGCAUACGAGAACAUCCAUGUGUGCAAGAACAAUUGUAUGUUGUUCCGGAAGAAAAAUGCUGAAUUGAAUGUGUGCCUAGUAUGCAAGGAGUCUAGAUGGAAAGAUGAAUCUGGGACGAAGCGGGUUCCACAUAAGGUUUUGAGGCAUUUCCCACUCUUGCCUAGGUUGAAAAGAAUUUAUGCUUCAAAACACACUUCUGAGGAAACACAAUGGCACAAGAAAGUGAGGAAGCCAGUUGAAAAUGUGAUGAGCCAUCCAACUGAUGGGGAAGCAUGGAAGGCAUUCGACAGGAGGGAACCGUCUUUUGCAGAAGAUCCGAGGAACCUGAGGCUUGCCUUAGCUACCGAUGGAUUCAAUCUAUUUGGCAACAUGAGUACCCAGUACGGUCCAAAAUCUCCAGGAAAGGAUUUUGAUUUGUUCCUCGAGCCCCUAAUCGAAGAACUGCUCGAUUUAUGGAAGGGUGUCAAGACCUACGAUGCAUGUACUGGGAAGAAGUUCGACCUUCGUGCCGCUGUGCUGUGGUGUAUACAUGAUUAUCCAGCGCUAGGCACAUUAUCUGAGCGAAUAACGAAAGGCUUGGCUUUCGAUGGUAAGCGUGAAAAGAAAGGUGCAAUUGGCAAGUUUACUAUGGAUGAGGUCGAACAGAAGCUAGAGAAGGUGAAAGAUGUCAGGCCAGGGAAGCAGCCUGACAUUACUGGAAAUAAAAGGAAGCGCAGUGACGGUCCAAAGAUAUAUAGCCGUAAAGCUGGGUUGUGGAGAUUGCCAUAUUGGAAACAUUUGAAGCUUCCACAUAAUCUCGAUAGAAUCAUACCUGCUGCCCUUAGAGGAUUGGUAAGGAAGGAUGUAUAUGAAGCAAUUGCAGAGUUGGGGACCUUCUUCAGGGAAUUAUGCAGUAGAAAUCUAAGGAUAGAUGUUGUCAAACGACUAAAAGGAGAAAUUCCAUUGAUCCUUUGCAAGCUUGAGAAAAUCUUUCCUCCUGCCUUCUUUGAUGUAAUGGUGCACUUGUGUGUCCAUCUUCCCGAUGAGGCACUUCUUAGAGGACCUGUUCAGUAUGGAUGGAUGUACCCAAUAGAAAGGCGACUUGGCACUUUGAAGAAUUUUGUGAGGAACAGGGCUAAGCCGGAAGGAUCAAUUGUUGAGGCAUAUAUGGCAAGUGACACCUUGACCUUUUGUUCUAGGUACAUGGAGGAUGUUGAUACUAGAUUUAACCAGGAUGAUGAUACUGGUACAGAGAUGCCAUUGGAUAAUGACAUAUCUGUUUUUAAGCAUGGUGCUACGCUUGAUGGAGCUAGUAGGACCCAGUACAUUGAUGAUUCUGUCAUGAAUAAGUUAGUUUGGUAUGUGCUACAUAAUGCUGAUGAAUCAGAGGAAUAUUUGGAGGAUGAACUACUGCAGCAAGGUGCACGUCCAAAUGAUGUUGAUCGAAUGGUUGAACAAGGAUUUGCAAAGUGGUUUAGGUCCCAUAUUGAGAACAAGCGCAGUGACAAUCCAGGAUUGGUUAGUGAAGGACUGUGGGCACUAGCAUGUGGCCCAGUGAAGUGA